AACCACCGCCGCGAGAGGGCGCCGCGCCGCGCUCGCGUCCCUCCGAACACGUGCAUACGUCGUUGUAUUAUACUUUCGUGAGUUUUAUUACUUGAACGGUGUAAACACUGGAUUCAAAAAUGGGUUAACACUAAUAAUGAAAUGAUAAAUGAAAUAGUGAGAUAAUGAAGUAGCAUUUUAUUGUGUGGGUACGUGUAAGUGUCACAAAAAUGGAUGACAGUUCCCCUGACCUGUCGCUAAAGUUGCGACGGGGCUCGAGCGAUUCGAGGGAGUCCUUCUACAUGGAUUUCGCGCAAGGGAUCGACUCAGAUAUUGAAGAAGUGACGACAAUCGAGCGAAUAAUUCCUGAACACCCUGGCGGGCGGGAUGGCGACGCGGACACCCUCGCGACGCCUUCCGGACUUGACGACAAAGAUCUCGCGCAAUACUGCUACUCCAUACCGGCGAAUAACAUGUCCGGUGGCUCGCAUGUAUCAAGAGGGACAUUUGGCGGAGCGGAGUCCGAGAUAUCAGGGGGUAGUGCUCCCCCACUGCCCAGCCCGGCGUCAGCGGGCGCUGCGCUGGUAUCUCCGGAGACGCUGAGCCGGCAUAGCAGCCCUCCGCCGCUCCCCGCGCACCCCUCACACCACCAACCCGCACCAUCUUGUUCAUCGCAUCGAGUACAUCUAGAGUCGCCGUUAAGGUAUCUUAAAUUUUAA